AUCAUCGGUCGUUUAGUGAAUCGCGUUGCCGAUGGUAAAAUGUGUAUUCAGAAGACAAUCUAUUCGUUGUCGAUCAAUGACAAGUGUAAAAGGGAUCAUAUCCAUGGUGGAUUAGUUGGGUUUGAUAACGUUAAUUGGAAUUCAUAUAUAUUGAACAAACAAGUGGUAGAUCAUAAAUACAACCAAUUGGUUAUUUCUUUUUUUUUUAUCAUUCCGUUCGUUCGAAUCUUUCUAAUGGUAAAAAAAAAAAAAAAAUAAAAAAAAAAAAAAAUAAAAAACAGGUCAUGUCUCAUCUAAGUCCUGCGGGUAGAGAAGGUUAUCCCGGUUAUAUGUUGACACAAGUUAAAUAUACUUGGACGGACGAUAAUCAAUUGCAUAUAAAUAUUCGUGCCACUGCUACUGAGCCAACACCAGCUAAUAUCACCAAUUAUUCUUUGUUAAAUUUGGCCGGCCAUGCUGCCGGUCCUAAAGAAUUAAAAAAGCACGUUGUAACGAUAAAUGCCGAUAGUUGGACGUUCAUGGAUAUAAAAAACUAUUUGCCGACAGGUGCUAUUCGUUCUGUCGAGAAUACCGUCUACGAUUUACGUUUACCGACACAAUUAACCAAAGAAACACUUUAUCGCGUACCAGGAGGAGGUUACAAUCAUAAUCUAUGUAUUUGCAGUCCAAGCUCUUGGUGUUAUCGAUUCCAUGCUAGGAUCAUACAUCCUGAAUCAGGAAGGACUUUAGAAAUUUAUUCGAAUCAUCCUGGGUUACAAUUUUAUACCGGAAACGAUUUGCCCGAUCCUAAUCUCGUUUAUCCAUCAGAUUGGGAGGAUUAUAUUUCAAAAUUUUGUGAUGACAGGAAUCAAACAAAUUCGACGAUUUAUGGUAAAGAAGGUGUCCCGUAUCGCCGACACGGAGCUUUCGUUCUAUCCCCACAAAAUUAUCCUAACGCUAUUAAUAUAGAUAAUUUUCCUUCUUGUAUUCUUUAUCCUGGUAAGGUUUACGUCCAUGAUAUGUCCUAUAAAUUUGGUUUGCUAACCAAAGAUUAA